UGAUUGUGAAAACACCAAGCAGAAGUUGCACUGUGGUAACAGUAUUCUUUAUCUUAGUGGCCAACAACCAUUUUGUAAAUGCAUAAUAUCAUUUCCUUAAACAACCCAGAGCAAAAUUGGAUUUCAAUUCCUCAGUGCUACAUGUUUGUUGUAGGACAAGUGCUGAGCACGGCUUCUUACUUUUUCUUCUUUUUGGAACAUUGUGGGGUAAACAGUUUCGUGAUCUCCAUGUGUAAUAAUGAAGGAUUCAGAUUCUGCAAGCAAACGUUUUCAGCAUCCAACUGAGAAGUCUCUUAACUUUGUGGAAGGAAGAUGGAGAAACCAUUGGUUUUCUUUUCUCAACUAAAUAUGUCAGACCCAAAGGAAAAAACUUUCUGCAAGGUGAUUCACGCAACAGGGAAAGAAGCAUUAAACAAAGACAUAAAAAACAGAGGUAAAGAAAAGAGAAAUAGACUGAGCCUUCUUCUGCAGAAACCUGAAUUCCAUGAAGACGUCAACACUGGUAGAUCAGAGAACUUGGCCAAAGGUGCAAGUGUCUCCCCUGAAGAAGCAGUGAAAUGGGGCGAAUCCUUUGAUAAACUGCUUUCCCAUAAAGAUGGAUUUGAUGCUUUUACUAGGUUCCUUAAAACUGAAUUCAGUGAAGAAAACAUUGAAUUUUGGGCAGCCUGUGAGGAUUUCAAGAAAAGCCAAGAACCCCAUCAACUGUUCCAUAAAGCACAAGCAAUAUAUGAGAAAUUCAUACAGAAUGAUGCUCCACAGGAGGUUAACCUUGACUUUCACACUAAAGAAAUAAUUUUUAAGAGCAUCUCCCAACCAACCAUCCAUAGCUUCGAUGCUGCCCAAAGCAGAGUGUAUCGUCUUAUGGAGCAAGAUAGCUAUACACGCUUUCUGAGAUCUGACAUCUAUUUGGACUUAAUAAAUGGAAGACCCCUCAGAACAACAAAUCUUCGAAGGCGAUCACGCUCCUUUACUUUCAAUGAAUUUCCAGAUGAAAAACCAGAUCUUGCCAUUUGGCUAUAAAAAAAGAAAAUAACAUUCUUAAUUUUACUCAUAUAUCAUAGUAAGCUAUUUCAACUUGACUCAUAUAAUAUGGACUAUUAAUAUUAAUAAAUGUAAUCAACUAUAACUUGUCACAUGGGUGAAUUUAAAAACAUAAUUUGAAACACUUCUCAUAGCAAAGGGAUGCAAUAUAAUAACUAUUGUGUUCAUAUAUACCUCCAUUUAAAAAAUUAAUUCUUUUUAAUCUACAAUUUUCAAAAACAAUUAUCUUUAAUGUAUGUGUGAAGAGUGAUAAUUAUACAUUCAGUAGGAUCAAGAGGACAAGAUUUGUAAAAACUUAACAAUAGUUUAUACAUUUAUAUUUAUAUACAUAUGCAUAAUAUGUUCCACAUUUUAUAUUAAAUUAAUAAAAGAUGUUAUUCAAAGAAGCACGAUGAAAAAGGAAAUAGAGGGGAUAGCCUUUGAGUAAAUAAAACCUGUGUUUAAUUCCUGCCUCAGGAUAAGAGUAGGGAUAGGGGAUAGAAACUAGACCUGUGAUGUCACUGAUGAAGGAAACUCUUGAAUGUGUAAAUUCCCUCUAUGCAUGUCUGAACAUUCUCUGCAACUUAUAAUCUUAGAGUUAGCCUAUAAGUAGCAUUUUUUUCAAGACUAUGUGAUCAUAAUCUAUACUGCCUUUAAUAAAGCAUAAAGAUAUAUGCUUUAUUUUAGAAAUAUUUAAUUUUCAAUGUGUGUUGCAUUGUAUUAAUGUCUAUAUUUGCUGUACAAUUAACUUCCACAUCUUCAUGUACUUGAAAUGCAGAGAAAAAUUAAAGAGUUUAUGUUAAAAAUUU